CAAGACUGAACUAUCAGAGGAACUAGUGGCAUCUCAGGAGCAGCUACAGGAGAUGCAAUCUCUCCCCGUCCCGAGCGUGCAGGCCAUGGUGGAGGCCACCGGCGGAGCCGAUGUGCCGCCGAGGUAUCUCCGGCCUGCGGAGGCGGUCACCGGCAUCGUCGACGGCGAGGGUGAGGCCCAGAUCCCCAUCAUCGACUACCGGAGGCUGCUGCUGGAGCUGGAUCGCCGCGGCGAGGAGUCCGCGCGCCUCCACCGGGCCUGCCAGGAAUGGGGCUUCUUCCAGCUGAUUAACCACAGUGUCCCACACGAUGUGGUGGAGGCAAUGAAGGCCAACAUUCAGCAAUUCUUUCAGCUACCCGCAGAGACAAAGAAACGAUUCGCGCAGGAGCGAGGGCAGCUGGAAGGCUACGGUCAGCUGUUCGUCGUCUCGGAGGAUCAGAAGCUUGACUGGGCUGAUAUGCUUUACCUCUACACACAGCCACCUGAGAGCAGGAACACCAAGUUCUGGCCUGACCAGCCUGUUAACUUCAGAUCGACGCUGGAUAGAUACUCUGGUGCUGUGAAGGAGAUAGCGGAUUCCCUUUUGGCGACGUUGGCGGAGAACUUGGGACUGAAACAAGAGGUGAUUGCUGACAGAUGCGUGGGCGGAGUGCAGUCUGUCAGGAUGAACUACUACCCGCCGUGCGCUCAAGCAGACAAAGUCGUCGGCUUCUCCCCGCACUCUGAUGCUGAUCUCCUGACCCUCGUCCUCCAAGUGAACCAUGUCCAAGGCCUGCAGAUCAAGAGGAAUGGCAGCUGGUUCCCCGUCAGGCCCGUCGAGGGCGCUCUCAUCGUCAACAUUGGGGAUAUCUUUGAGAUCUUCACAAAUGGGAGGUACAGGAGCAUCGAGCACCGUGCGGUUGUCGACCCCAAGGAGGAACGGCUGUCGGCCGCAGCGUUCCACUCCCCGAACAUCCACGCCACGAUAGGCCCGCUGAAGGAGCUUACGGCGGACGAAGACGAGGCAUACAAGACGGUGGACCACGAGAACUUCAUGAGGCUUUUCUUCGCGACGAAGCUGGAGGGGAAGAGCUUCUUGGAUCGGAUGAAGCUGAAGUAGCUAGCAGCUGAUUGCUACGAACCCAGCAUAGCAGGUAAACUGUGUUGUUGGUCCUCGCAUCGUUGUCAGAUAUUCAGGUAGUUCAUGCUGUGUAACCAGCCUUAAUGAGGCCCUAACAGAUCAUGCUCUGGAAUUUAGUUCCUGAUGGCCGUCUUGGUAGAGCGCAAGAGAGCUGAACUUGGCAAACAUAAUAAUAUUGUGAUUUCUUCA